GGGUGAAAUUCAAUCGUUGUCCAGAAUUGGCCAAAGUUCGACGUAUUGCCCCAGUUCGGUAAUCCAAAUUGAAACUUGAAACACAAGUGUUUUCGCAAUAGUUAAUUUUUUGCUGAAAGUUUUUAGUCCGUGAUCGAUGGCAGUAACCUGAAGCAAAGAGCCACUGAAAUUGACAUCCAGGAAAAGUCUCAGGAAUAACAAGUUCUGAUCAUCUUCAUAUCAUGAACUCUCCACCCAAUUCUAGUGCUAGUAAUUUACCAUUUGGUCUUCCACCUCAUGUCUCAACCUUUUUACCAAAGGCUGAAGCAAUCAAUGCAAUUACUGGACAUCCAUCCCAAGAAAAUGCAGAAGCGAGGGUACUUGGCAAUCAAAGUCAAGAAUGGCAUUAUCAGGAGCAUAAACAUUCAGGCAGAUACUUUGAGACGUCCAAUCAAGGGGUUGGAUACGAAAACACUUCCCAGUCUUGUCAAAACGAGUCCUCGGGCAACGUGUCUACCAUUGGAGAUGGCGGAACAGAACAACGCGAAGUUAAAGUUUACCUAUGCGACCCGCGUUUGAGCCGGAAAAAUGGCGGACAGGAUCUCCAUAAUCCUCACGUAACUAAUCAUCAUGAUUGGAUUACAUGUGGCCAGGGAUCUGAAAUGACUGCUGAUUCAUGGACCAAACAGGUGCAAGAGAAACCCUUUGUUCCACCUUUACCCGAUUCACCUUUACUAAAUCCUUCACCACCACCACCCCCUCUCCCUUCGCUUCCUCCUAUCCCUACCUCACCACCUCCUAUCCUUUCGCCAUCACAAGAACCAAUGCCAGCUCUUCCCAUUUCGGGGCCAUCCAGGGGUCAUCCCACUGCUGGCCAUCUUGGAACGAAAUGGAAACCUAAAGUCGCGUCUUAUCAAAUCUUCCAGCCAGAGACUGAUACUGCCUCGUCUAAAUGGAACACUUUGUCGACCGGUCGAAUUUCAAGAAAUCACUCCACGCCAAUGGUACCGUGUUUAUUAUCCAUACCGUUUCCGGUCUAUUGCAUCAAUUGCAAUGAAUAUGGCCAUGAGACGAGACAAUGUUUCAUUAUUAAUUCCGUCAAGCAACAAAAUAAAAGAAAGUCAGAAGAAGAAAGUCAGGGGUGCUGUAAACGCACUAGAAAGGGAAACCAUGCUAUCGGUUGCUCUAGUUUAACGACUUUAACUCGGGAAAUUGGAAGUUCUACGGAGAAACCUGGCAUUUCCCGAUGGGCUACAGGUGCCAAUGCAGUUGCCCAAUUAGUUGGUCGAAAGACACCCGUUGUCAGAAUAUCCGUCGAUAAUAAUGCAGUUGCUGCUAGCUCUUCGAAAAUGGAAGAAUCUCUACAAGAGAGUUUUGUCACUCAAAAAAAUAUUGCAAACGCCACCAUCUCCACGGCAUCGAGCCAAUCCUUAAUAUACGAAGACGAAAUUAACCAACUAAUAGCAAGCGGAAUACAUACUUUGAAGGAAAUGAUUGAUGCCUUACCCAGCGAAAAGAGCAAUUCAUCGUUUUUGAACACUAUACUCACGCCCAAUGUUGCCGAAACCGAUGUAACGAAUAUCAACUCCAACAUCAGCGCAGAACGAUCUGCCGGGUCCAAAGAUGGUCAGAAAGGAAACGAAAAAGAGAAAACAAGCAAAAACGGAGACAACGCGGACAGUCAAGUUUGCAAUAUAUGCCAGAAAACGAAAGGAGGCCAUGUGCAGGGUUGUUUUAAUUCAAAAAAAGUUCGUUCCUUACGCAAUCGAGAGAAACUACGCUGCGAAGAAUUGGCAAAAAAGAUACAAAUGAGGUCGGAAUGGUUUUCCGAGAUCUUGAAAAUGAUGAGAAGUGAAGUUUCUUUUCCGGCGAUGCCAGUAGAACCACCUUCACAAGAAAGGCCAAAGAAACGACCGGAAGAAGAUGAAUUGUUGGCCCGUGUCGAAUUUAUCAAAAGGGUACCCAGAGAGGAACUGGAAGAAAUGGUUUUGAGGUAUAUCUAUUUUUUUGAGGCAAAUAAGCGCAAUGAAGCAGAAGAAUUGAUCAUCGCUAAACGAAAGGUAUUGAACAUGCAAAAUCAGAUCAACAUGCUUCAAUAUAGGCUGAAGCGAGAAUAUAAAAAAAGAGCAAAUCAGACAUCUAAGCCAACAUGUACCAUUGGCACACAAGUACAAUCGAAUGAUUUCGAUACAUCUGGCCAGCCGAACAUUCCGUUGCCGGUUAAAUCUCUUUCGCCUGUGCAUAUCAAAGUGGAGAAGGCUGAAGCAAACAUUUUACCACCAUCAUCGGAGUUAUCCACUUCAAAGGAGGAUAUCUCAAAUCGUACAUGUCUACCAUCCAGUGUUGGCAAUUCAGAUAUGGCGCAAUUACCAUGCGAUCCAAUAGUCAGCAGCAUCAAUACACCAAACAAAAUAGUUGUGAAAGCUGAAAAGCAAUGUAUGCCAACACUGCGGGAUAACUCAUUACAUCCCGAAAAGAAUGGUGAACACCAAGAAACCACUGUCACGCCUCGUAUUCAGCUACCUCUACAAAAAUCCACGUUUACUGAUGCAGACAUUCCCUAUGGUAAACCUGCUCUUAAUGUAAAAAAUACCGCUGCAUCUUCUCUUGGACAUCCUCCGAAACAACUUCCUUCUCCUGCUGAUCCGAUCAACCCUUCCGCCAAAAAAAACCAAUCGUCCAAGGAGCGACCCACCAACAGUACGAUAAGUCGAGUUAUGCGACACGUGGAACAGCAACGGGCAUCCUCAUCAAGCACUUUACAAGCUGAACUUUCAACCUUGUCUGCUAGUAUGACUCCUCAAAGACAACAACCUUCAACCGCUUCUAGUUCGUCUCUUCUAAAUCAGCAAUCAUACGUAUGUAACUAUGAAAUCCAACAGAAAAGUCAACGAACCGAGAGCGUCCAAUCGGAUUUCCGUCUUAUAAAGUCGGAAUACGUUAAAAUUGAAGCAAACAAACGGAGCGAAGCAACUGGUACACCACGUCAGAGAAGCGAUAUGCACGCUUUAGGUUCACGCGAGCUUCCUAUUCAAAUUGAGUGAUAACCAAAUGUGUUGAGCCUUCUUUCUACCAAUUUGUUCACCGUUAUAACCUAGAAAAAGUAAGUUAUGAUGGAGCUGUCAUGCGCCAUUAAUUUUGCCGAAAUGCAAGUUUCUUAUUGUUUAGUGUUAGCAUUUGAGAUCCGUUUGGUACUUCUGUAUCAUCUGAAUUUCAGAGUUCCGUGCUGAUCUUUUGCUGCCUACCAGAAGCAGUGGAAGAAUACACGCUCUAAAAUUCUA